AUGGAUCGUUCUGCAAUCUCAUCAAUUUUACUCGAACUCAAUCUGAAUGAAGAUUGUGUCGCUAAUAUUUAUAACUAUGGUUCAUGGGUAUAUGGCACGAAUUCACCUACAUCCGAUCGAGACCUUAUGAUUGUAACUCGAUCAUCUCAGAAGCAACCACUAACAUUCGAUGAUGAUUUUGAGUAUUUUCAUCAAUUUGAAUUACAUAAAUUAUGGAAUCAAUAUGACGUAUGUGUGCAUACCGUUGAAAAUUUUGAAAAAUUACUAGAAAAAAAUUAUUUACUUGCCGUUGAAUGUAUAUUUUUACCUGAUGAAUUCAAAAUCAAAGAAGAAAUUGAUUUUCGUCCGAUUUACCGUGAAAAAUUUUAUAAUACAAAUCGAUUGAAACAAGUUGCAUUUUACGAAAAUCUUACAGCUAUGAAUAUGUAUAAUCAAGAUGAUCAAUCAAUUUAUAAAAACCGUAGUUCAAGAUCAAGCGGAUCGAAUCAAUCAAACAAUGAUUAUUUAUUCAAAAAUUUAUUUCACGGAUUUCGAUAUUUAGAUUUUGCUGAACAACUAAUUCAAACACGUUCAAUACAUGAUUUUAAACGUGUAUCCCAUAUAUUUAGUGAAAUGAAAGAUAUACGUUGUGAUCCAACAAUUGAUUCAAAUAUGCAACAAGUGCUCGACUAUAUUACCAAUCUAAGUGCUGACUACAAAACAAAAUUAGAUGUACUUGUACCAACAAAUGUUGUAAAAGGUACAUUCGAAGCACAUGUCACCUUUGAUUGUUCACAUCACACCGAACAAGCCAUUGAAAAACUUCAAAAAGCAUGUGAAGAUACAAAAUAUAAAAUAAUAUUUAUUAAUUUGGACACUGGUAAAACCAAGAAUAAAUCGCAACAAUUAAUGACAUCAUCAUAUCAUUGUGGUGAAUAUCCAUCCAUUGUCAAAAGUAUUGAAGAAGAAGUUUACAAACAUUUUCAAGAUUUUAAUGUUAUCCGAAUUAAAAUUGAAUCAUUGGCAUCCAAUGAAGGUGUACCACAAACAAACGCUGAUAAAAAGUUAUUCUGGGAUGAAGAGACAAAUUAUUUUGAAUUCCAUUAUAGAGUUUUAGUAAAAAAUGAUUUGAAAGAACAAAGAUUAAAUGCACUUCAAACUAUAUGUAAAUCAAAUCGUAACUUUAAUUUGCAUGUAUCCCAUAAUGCAUUUAAGCAUACAGAUGAAAACGAUUUUCAUUAUAUGGUUACAAUGCGUUUAUUUGAUGUUGGCCGAGAAAAAGCAUUUGAACAAAACGACGAAGUUAUAAAAUAUUUGACAGCAAAGAACUUUCCACCAUUAAAAGUAGUUCGUGAAUUUAUUGUGUAUGAUACACAUAUUGAACUUGAUAAAGAAUGGACAUAG